UAGUUGCAGGGUGGUGAAAAAAAAAAGAAAGGGAAGGAUGGCAUAUCUUUGGUUGACUUAGCUUACCGGCGGGCAAAAGCAGUGAAGGCUGUGAAGAAGGCAGUAGAUGCUGGCAAAAUUGUGAAGAAACCUAACAAGAAAUCAAAGCACCCUUCACAAAAAACUCAGUCAAGGACAGAAGAAAUGCGGGAGCUGUUCCAAGAUGAUAUGAGUGAAAAAAAGAAGAAAAGCAGUAGUUCUGCUGGAAGGAAAAAAUCAAAGAGCUCCUUCAAGAGCAAGUCACGUUACAAGCGCAGGUAGAGCAACAGCCAUUGACAUCUAAAAUUAAAUCUCUGGCCCUUACUCAGUGGUAAAGCAUCCUAGGUAUCAAUAUGACAAUAUGGGUCAUACAACGGGGGGCACUUAUUCUAGGUUGCUAUCUUCCUCGAACAGACAAGCAUUUUCGCAUCCCCAUGGAAGGUACAUUGCCCAUUUGCAUUGCCGUUACCAAUGACCAAGGUCCAAUUUUGUCCCCUUUUUUGGUGACAUAAUAGUUGCAAGGUGUAACCUCUAUGACAUGAAAUUAUUACCCAUGAAAGGGUGGGGAGGCACCAGAUUCGUAAUAUUAACUGUUUAAUCCUUGCCUUGGAACAGGUAUAUAACUAAGAAUACAUUUUGAUUCAAGUGUCUGUUAUGACGAUUGAAAUAGGAAAUUGAUUGAUGGAUAACUUCUGUAUUAUUUUUUCAUACAAUCUUACAUAAUAUUCAAUGAGUGGUCCUUUUUUUUUUA